AUGGGAUGCCGCAGGGAUUGGGGGGUGAUUCGUGGAGGGGAUGGUCACUGGCUUUGGGGAUUUGGGAAGAAGAUCUAUACUAACAACUCCUUUGCAGCUGAACUCUUAGCAAUCUUCGAGGCUCUCUGUCUUGUUGACAAGCUGUGGACUACCAAGAGGCCGGAUCUUCAGAUUAAGCAUUGCAGUAGGCGGUACAACGUUGUGGCGGACCUCAUGGCCAAGGCGUGUAGGACAAUGGAUGGAGAUAGCAGUGGAGAAAUCAGCCAUAUCUAUAAUGGGAAAUUGAACAACAAUAAUGGAGCAAGAAUACCGCUUGAAUAUGGGACUAAAUCACUUUUAACUUUUGAGUUCUUCACUAUCCUCUUAAGGCACUACAUAAACUACAAGUCCCUAAAGAAGAAACUCAAACAAUAUGCCCAUAGUAUAGAUGAUGGAAUAUAUGAUCAGCAAGCUGUUAUCAAAGACUUCUCGAAGACCCUCGAUUAUGAGAUUGAAAAGGUUGUACUUUUUCUCAUUGAAGAACAAGGGAAACUUGCAGGGACUGUCGCCAUCCUUGGACCUGAUAUCUUUACAGAACAUGAACCUGCAAAGCUAAAUUUACCCAAGAUAUAUGACCUACAGGAAGCUUAUAGGAUAGCAGGGCAGGACCUUCUACGUCUUGUUUCUUUUGUUGAGAUAAAUGCUAUUGCUGUUAGAAAGAUCCUCAAAAAGUUCGAUAAAAACUUUCGUUGUGGGUUCACUGAUCAUUAUGUCUGCAGUCGGGCAAAUCACCCUUUCUCGAUGCUGCAAAAGCUGCUCAUGCAUGUGGGGAUUUCUGCAAUUGCAGGAGCCAUAAGUAACGGGGUAAAAGAUCUCCAAGAAGUGCCUACUUCAUCAAAUUUGCCUCCACCAUCUCAGAAUCCCAUCCUUCAUGAAAUUGACCAAGCUAUGAACAAGCUGAACGAGUCCUCGAAGUUCCUUCACAGCCUUGCUCAGCAUGAGUUUAUGGUGGCAGAAGAGCUUCCAACUCCCGUUGAAAGAAAAGCACAUGAUGAUGAAAAUUACCAUCUCAUGUCACUUCUUCUGAACUUGGUGAAUGCUUUCCUCUACAUGGCCAACACUUAUGUUAUUAUUCCUACUGCUGGUAACUACUCCUUAAGCCUUGGCCAUCAUGCAACUACCUGUGGUGUUAUAAUUGGAGCAAUGGCCUUCGCGCAGUUGUUCUCAACCCUGUACUUGCGUGCCUGGUCUAAUAAAUCAUACUUUAGACCUCUUCUAUUCAGCAGUGUUGUUCUCAUUGUUGGAAACAUCCUGUACGCAUUGGCAUAUGAUACCAACUCAAUUUGGAUCGUCUUGAUUGGUCGUUUUAUUUGUGGAUUGGGCUAUGCUAGACCAGUUAAUCGGCGCUACAUUAGUGACUUUGUACCCCUCAUGAAUCGGAUGUAUGCAUCAGUGGGUCUUAUUUUUGCCAGUGCUCUUGGAGUCUCCUGUGGCCCUGCUCUUGCUGGCUUACUUCAAGUAAGUUUCAAGAUUCACAAGUUCACUUUCAAUCAGGAAACCUUACCAGGAUGGGUUAUGGCUGCGGCAUGGCUUCUUUAUUUAGUUUGGUUAUGCAUCUCUUUUAAAGAACCUUCAUAUAAACAGAGUGUUGAACAAGACUCCGCAUCAGGACAAGUAACAAGCAACGGAAGUGAGAGAACCAUUACCCUACCACUGCUGCUGAACGUUGAACAUGAAAAUGAUGAUGCUCAUAGAGAGCACAAUAGACGUCAAAGGUCUUCUCCUCCAGGACGUGGAAGAGUCACCUAUUCAGGUGCUAACGCAUACAGAUUACUGACACCUUCUAUUCAGGUGCAGUUACUGGUCUAUUUCAUGCUCAAAUAUGUGGUGGAAAUCUUGCUUUCAGGAUCAAGUAUCAUUACAUCACUUUAUUUUGGUUGGUCUACUAGUGUGCUGUCUAUAUUUCUUUCUUGCCUCACCCUCACAGUAAUCCCAGCAAAUAUCAUCGUUGGAAGAUAUAUCAGUCAUAAAUUUGAAGAAAGGCAAAUUUUGCUGGCAUGUGAAUUCAUGGUCUGUUUCGGAAUUCUUGUGGGGUUUCACUAUAAAUUUCUAUAUUCUGUGCCUCAAUAUGUUACCUAUGCCCUUGUUGUCUUCAUAUUUUCUCAAACUCUUCAAGGUGUGAACAUGUUGCUCCUUUCACGCCUCACAUCAUCGAGAUUUAUGCAAGGAGCAUUCAAUGCAGAAGUACUUUCAAGUGAAGUAGGGGCAACAGCACGGGUGGUGGCAGAUGUUAGCAUAACUUUGUUCGGGCAUCUUGGUAAUGAUAAACUUCUGAAUAUGACACUUUUGCCACCGUUCCUCUUCUGCAUAAGCUCAAUAGUGGCAACUUGCUGGAGCUACAACUCCAUUUACUGAGUUCUUAACCAUGGCGGUGACAUCUGUUUUUUGUUGCGGAAAUUGUUCUCUUCUUCUGCACUUAGUUCUCUUCUUACUUGGGUAUCUGUUGGUACUCUGUAUUGUAGGGAAGUACUACAGAAUUCUUUUCAUAGUUGAUUUGUUAUAGUGACUUGCACAGAUUGAUCAUGACUUUUUGUUGUGCCUAUUCUCUUUACAGCUUACUUCUAAUAAGCUGUUGACAUUCAUCUUCAAUUUGUUAUUGGAUUAUUUACUAA